AUGGCUCAUACGGAGAGAUCUAUUAACAAAUCCCUCCCACGGGAUCUAGUUGGGGUGUUUAUCCCGCUCCUGGCAUACAGGGUCUCCCACUUCUCCCUCAAUGCCGACCUCACGGGAGGGAUAAAGGCCCUAAUAAUCACCUUUGACACCUAUCAGCCCAAAAGAACUAGGGCACCGCCCCACUCUCAACUGCCACGUCGUGACCUGUUCCCAGCCAACGCUCAGCAGCCAAUCACCCCCCAAGCCCAAGCGCCAGAUCCACUCUAUAAGAACACACCUCCAACCCCACCCCCCACCCCCCAACCCCAGAAAAAAUCCCCACUAAAGACUCCCACACCUCCCCUAGGAGGCCCCCCGAGCAAAUCCAUACCCCCACGCAAACUGACCCCCAACUAA